AUAAUACGAGGCUCGUCUGUGGUCCUUUACGCUGAACGCGAGAAACAUGGCACAUGCAUUUUCAGCUUCGUGGACGAUUUUCUUACUGUUUUGGAUUGAUGGCGUUUGGAAUGCAGAAGUUGAUCUGUCCAAGGUUGUUUGUCAAUCCGGAUGGGAACGAUAUGGCGCGGGAGAGUGUAUCUGGCCGAGUGACACCACAGCAACAUUCGAUACUGCAGAAAAAGCGUGUGUAUCGAGAAAGGGGGUCAACUGCUCACACUACUGAAGGAAGAAAAGGAAGAAUUUGUGAACAAUAUAACGAGAAGAAAAGGUGAAGAAUUCUGGAUAGGCCUGUUCACUACAUCAAGCUACUACAGUCCCCAACUCAGAUGGAAACACGGAGCUCAUGACAGUACUGGUUUAAGCUACUCCAACUUUGUGGGCAGUUACGUCAUGAACACAUGCGGCUACCUCGGCAGUGCCAACAACAGAUGGUUGAACACACAGACAUGCAGUGAGGAGAGGAAAUUCAUCUGUCAAAAACCCAGUGCGUGCAUAAAAGGAUGGUUUGGUGCGAGUUGCGAUAUGCAGUGCCAUUGCCUUGAAGAAAACUGUCCAAGAACUACAGGACAGUGUUCACUGGGGUGUCAGAUCGGUUGGCAUGGAUCGCGAUGUAACCACCCUGUUGUUACUGCAGAGGCGCUGUUCUACUGCUUCAACUCGAAAGUGAGGGGAAAGUAUAUGCUCCUUCGUGUCAACCCAAAGAACAUGCACUACGAUGUCAUGGGUGCCAUAGACGGAGACGGGGUGGGCGUGGACGGGUGCGACAAGGCGUCCUUUACGUUAGACGACGACACGGGAGUGUUCAGUAGAGUCGUCAAUAUCACUGACGGCGUCAACAUCAAUGACGGCGUCAACAGCACUGACGGCGUCAGCAUGACUAACGGCGACAGUAGUCGAUGCGGAGGCAUUGCGACAGAGGAAGGGACCUGGAAAUGGACUUUCCGUGUGCAAGAAUUCUCUGGGUUGUUAUCCCGCGCAGACCUCGACAUCGCCGUCAAAUGCAACUUCAACAACGCUGACACACUGUCCAGCGACGGUGCUGCUGACGUUGAGGGAACAGUUGACACUGUAGUAAGGACUCUUGAUGAAACGAGGGAGGAGGUAAAACUGACGGUGAUCAAUCCCGUCACUCUGGAGGAAGUCAAGAAGAUCCAACUUGGAGGCAAUGUUAUGCUCAAACUAGCGAUCGACACUAAACCAGGGUCGGGAGCGCGAGGAGUUUCAGCAUACAACUGCGAAGCCUAUACUUCAGACGGAAUGUACACAAGGCAGCUCACGGAUAAACAUGGAUGUGCAGCAAGCGGUUCCCCUGUGUCCGGAGUGAACGCGUCAGUCACGUUUCCAUUUCCAAUUUUCACCUUCCCCGGCCACUCAUCCAUCAACUUCCGUUGUCAAUAUGACUACUGUUUUCACGACGAGAUCGAGUGUGUAAAUCGUUGUAGGUUGAGACAUAGAGGAAAGCGUUCAGAAGAUGCUAUCCCGGGGGUAAGAAAACCAGUCUUCACGACCGUGAGGAUCCUUCAGGAUGACGAGCAGGGUAAGGCUGUGAAACGUUUGGAAGUCUUGCCUUCUGAGGAUACAAACAGAGGCUUCCCCUUACUGUACCUAAACCCCAUCACUUGUUCCUUGUUCCUGUUCUUGCUUACGGUGUUCCUGAUGCUCCAUGUGUUUUUCGUGAGAUCACUUAAGAAGACAGUUGAGGACAUGAAAGUUGAGCUCGUGAGUCAUAAUCGGAGUCAGCGAUUUUCUCUCUUGUAAACUAAAGAAAACCCGAAGGUAACCCGAACAUACCACACACAAACAACUGUUGACGUGGUUAAGGCUAUAUUUAAGGGACACUACACCUGAGACAAUUGGCAGGGCCAGCAAUUUUGAUUCCGUUGAUAAAAGGACCCGAAGGACGCAAAGCACCUGGGUAAAAUGUCAACCUAAUCCAGAUCCGCCUCAGUAGAAUUCCGUUUCUGUUCACGACACCAGUGUUAUAACCACGUGUAGCAAAUACCAGGACGAUCAAAUUAGCUACGUGUUAAACUUAAGCAGCGCUUGGAAUGAUCUCUCGAUGACUACCUUCAAGUCAAGAAUUAACUUUGUUAGCGAACCCAGAUAUUAUUUUGUUACCCAAUAUAGCAUUCAAUGGACACCUUUGGGCACAUACAAUGUCUGAAUUCGUAUACGCACGCGCAUAUAGUUACAAUGGCCAAGUCCAGAAUUGAUCUUUCUGUCGAUGUGUCGAAGUCGUUAAAGCUUGUGACCCUUAA